UUGUGUCUGUCCGUCUCACUGUGACUCCCGCUGCCAUCCGCGCGUCCGCCCUCCGGUGUGGAGCGUCUGUAUUGCUGGUCCGUCCUCUCGACUUGCGUUAUUCGUGCCAGCAUCAGUGCUUAAAAACACAUCUGAAAUAGGGCCAUCAGCUCCCCAGUUUUUCGUCUAUCUUUAUCUUGGGCACAAGCUGUACCUGGUUGGGUCCGACGUUGGUGUGUAGCAUUGUCAGCUGCCAGCCACGCCCAUUCAGUGUGUUUCAUCGUUGUCAGUGCUUGGCGAAAAGGAUUGAGUGGUGUUAGUACGGCAGCAAAGGAGUCAGAGACCAGAAGAUACGUGCAUCUCUAGCUCACCCUGACAGCGACAGCAUAUCAAUUCAAUUGGAAGCUACCUGAGAGAUGGCACAGAAUGUGCAGAUAUGUGAGAUCUCAAGUGAAGCAAAGGAGAGCAUCAAGAACUUCCGUUUUAGAAAGGACACUACAAAUGCUGCUUUAAUAUUGAAAGUAGAUCCUGAGUCACACAUGGUCUAUGUGGACGAGGAGCUGAAUGACGUGCAGGAUGUGGACGAGCUGCGUGCGGAGCUGCCUGAGCACCAGCCACGCUUCAUCAUCUACUCCUGCCGCAUGGACCACAGUGACGGACGAGUCAGCUAUCCCAUGGUCUUCAUCUUCUCCACACCAAAAGACGCCAAGCCACAGCUGCAGAUGAUGUAUGCAGGCAGCAAGCUGUCGCUGGUCAAGGAGGUCGAACUCACCAAAGUCUACGAGAUCCGUGAGCUGGAGGAGCUCACUGAUGAGUGGCUCGUGGAAAAGUUGCAAAAGUGAGCGCCGCCAGUGACGCCUGAUGGGUGGAACGUGAAAUGCGUUCGGUUCGCGGGCGGGUUUCAAUGCCGGCUUGUGGGUAAAUGACACUAGAAUGUACGAGGCUGGCUCCAUCAUUGAAAGUGUAUCAAAAGAAGGAAGUGAGGGUGUGUUCGGUGCCAUUAUAUUUACGGGAUAUGAUAUUCGUGCGGUAACUAAGCACAAGUCAACCCAAGUAUUGUAGCACAGUAGGGUUUAUACAAAUUACCAAGUUCUGGGUCUUGCGUUAUGGCCAAUUUAUCAAAAUGGCCGUUGCCAGGAGCUGAAACGUUCGGUAUUUGUAUUUAAGUUAUAAAUCGUCCAUGUGUGGAAAGGAGUUAAAAUGAUAAUGUGACCUGGGCAGGUAUUCACCUUUCCUUAUUUUGUGCCUUGUUGUCAGGCAUGUCAAGCCAAGCCUUGACAACAGCCAGCCAGGCUGUUGUCGCAUUUCAGGAAUGCUUAUCCAUAAGUUUAAUCCCCAAACUUUUGGCAUGCGCGUGCCUUUUCAUCGCAACAAACCUGCUUUUGUUUGAAGAUCCGUGUUUGCCGUGCAGUGACGUAGUCAUGUACAUGCUACAAACCUACAAAGUCCACGGCUCAUCUAUGUGUCACAUUUGUGAUGUGUAUGGAACAUGCGCGGCCCUUUGCAUGUGGCUGGUUAAGAGCGGAGAUAGUGUUCAUUUCGAUCAUCUUUUGCGUGUGAUAAGAAUAUUCAGUCGCGGUCACUGGAUGCGCGGGUCCAAUGGGGCCAAAAGACAAUUGUUUGCAUUAUCCUAGUGACUUCGAGUUUGCCAUUCAACGCUUUGCGUUGUCUACAAACUCGCGAAGAAGUGUGAGGGGCGAUAGAGUCUUAAAUUUUUAGGCCAUCGAUGGUGGCACGUAGUUUGAACUGUUCUCUUUUUCGCUGUCGCAAAUGAGUUUUGGUUGCAACUGUUGGGGCCGUUCAUAUCGUCCCGUUGUUUAAGCUAUUGUUUCUUUUGGUCGUCACAAAUAUUUUCCACAUUCCUGUCUCGUCUCAGGGGCACCUCUUGUACUCAAGGUGAAAGACAAGCAAUUUCGUGUUGAGGGCCGCGGUGAUUUUGAACCCCAGGGGCGUGCUUUUAAGUCGUCCCUCGAGACAGCGCAAGAUUCGCCGUAACAUCACAGCUGUCACGGGCGGUUAAAGGGUGUAUUGUCUGCUUUCUUGUGCUGGACCACAUUUAUUCGUAUUUCAAAGACCCGUCAUGUAGCAUCAGAGACCAUUGGUUGUUGGUGCCUGAAUGGUUCACACAUGACUCCAGUCGUUGCGUCGCCUUUCGAAAUGCGUGGCGUAGACCCGGCACCAGUGUCGGUAGGACGCAGGACUCGGCCGGCGCCCGACCAUCCACGAGCGCGCUCUGUGGGCGGCCGCCGCGCUAGGCUUCCAGGCGGAGCGGGUCGCGCCCGUGAGCUCGGGAGGGUCUCUACUGGAACACAGUCCAACGUCCCGCGGGUCCAGGCCUCAAGGUGCAUUGCCUUAGCUGGUGCCAUGUUGGGUUUGUUUCUUGGUGUUCUGUUCGCGCUCAGGUGAAUGGCGCGAACGCCGUCAUUGCCCCUGCUCGCGAGACGACUGUCCUUCAUCUCGCCAGCUUGUGCUGCUCAUUUUUUGCUGGUCUUCUGUUAUGCUCUGUGUUCAGUUUUCGUUUCACUGUGGAUGCUUGCCUGGGCACGCGGAGGUUUUGUCUGGUACAAAGUUGACUACUUAGCUUGGUUUGUGCGUGGUGCUGAACGCCAUGACGUAAGGACCAAAGACUUGUGAUUCGAGUGUAUCGCGUCGUGGCAUGAGCUCUGAGCUACGUAUGUCCACAUACCCUGGUCAAAUUGUCAACCCGCAAAUACACACGCUUCAGCGCA